AUGGCCAAGUUGCCUGUCCUUUAUAAAGAGCUUAUAAAGUUCAAACUAGCUGGUCUAGUUGCCCUGACAGCUAUGACAGGCUAUGCGCUUGCCCCUGGUGAGUCAACGGUGACAACACUGCUAGCAACCACAGUCGGCACAGGUCUUUGUAUUGGCUCAGCCAAUGCUAUUAACCAGUGGAUAGAAGUGCCUUAUGAUGCUCAGAUGCUCAGAACCCGCAACAGAGUGCUCGGACGACGAGCGCUGUCUCAAGUCCAUGCGUUCGGCUUUGGACUUUUAACAGGGGUAACUGGUGUCACCAUGCUCGCGACCUGCGUCAAUCCGAUCACAGCCAUCUUGGGUGCUUCCAAUAUUGCCCUCUACACAUUGGUCUAUACCCCCAUGAAGCGAUCGUCCAUUGCCAACACAUGGGCAGGUGCUGUCGUAGGCGCCAUUCCUCCCAUGAUGGGAUAUACCGCCGUGACGAAUAACCUGCUGGAUCCUGCUGCCUGGGUUCUCGGUGGUUUACUCUACUGCUGGCAGUUUCCUCAUUUUAAUGCUCUUGCUUGGAACCUCCGUCAGGACUAUUCUAAGGCUGGAUACCGCAUGAUGGCCGUAACAGAUCCUAAAUUAAACGCGCGGGUCUCAUUACGAUACAGUCUGGCCAUGUUUCCCCUAUGCUUUGCUGUGCCCUAUCUUGAUUUGACCUCUUAUUGGUUUGCCCUUGAUUCAUCCAUCGUCAAUGGCGCUUUACUCUACGGUGCCUAUAAAUUUUGGAAAAAGAGCAACGAUAAAUCAGCCAAACAAUUGUUCUUUGGCAGCAUUGUCCAUUUACCUGUCCUUUUAGCUCUGCUUAUGAUUCACAAGAAAUGGAAUCUGUCUAGCCAUCAUCGAACGAAAGAAGAAGAAGAAAUAGAAGAAAUUAUUGAAUGGGUGAUCGAAGACGACUAUUAA